AUGCCGGUCUAUAUGCUGCACGGCUUCCGCUGGCCCCGCGCCGGCUUCACGGGGAUCCGCGUGUACAUCGUGCUCCACAACCUGGAAGAAGCAGCAGCCGAAUAUAUCCAGCAGCCCCUAACGACUGAGCUGCUCGUGGAAUCUUUCAACAAGACACAAGCCGAUCUCGUGCCGCGGCUACCGGAGCUGUCGUUCAUCGAGCAAUAUGACCCGGCCGAUGAAUCAAGUGGCACCGUCAGCCAGGAACAUGCGUACGUUGGCGCACGGGUUCUAGAGAUUGCGGAUGACGGGGGCGGUAGUGGCGGGGGACAGAAUAUUCAGGAUUGCGUGGAGCAGGGCUCUGGGUUGACGGACGACCAGACAGCGGCGCUGGAGGAAUUGCGCGAUCGUCUGGCGCCGGGUGAAAAGAUUGGCUGGUAUCUUGUCUACAAUGGAGAUCCGGAACGAUGGUUCCCUGAAUCUGAAGACGAGGACUACGAGUCUGAGGAUAGCUAUGAGGAGGAGAGCCAGACCCGGCGCCAGAGUCAGAUCCAAAGCCCGAGGGAGGAGGGGACUAAGUCUGCGGAGCCAAAUACUCCGCCAAGCUAUACGGGGGAAAACGCGCCUGGCGAAAUGGUAUUCACCAUACAGUGUGAGUCUUGCCAGCUCUCUUCAAUUCAUACGCAAAAUGAUCUUACGCUGACACUCGGUCUGAAGGAUGAAGAGAAAGUGAAACUGAAAGGCGAGGUGCAUCGGCUUGUCGCUCCACGAGAUCAGAAAUAUCAGUCCAACUUUGUCGAGUUCCGCCGGAGUACGAAGGUUGUCUACCGCCGAUAUGCGGGCUUGUUCUUCUGUGUCUGUGUCGAUGCGAAUGACAACGAGUUAGCUUAUCUUGAAGCUAUUCAUUUCUUCGUGGAAGUGCUGGACCAGUUCUUCGGGAAUGUGUGCGAGCUGGAUUUGGUCUUCAAUUUCUACAAAGUCUACGCUAUCCUGGACGAAGUCUUUCUCGCAGGCGAGAUUCAAGAGACAAGCAAGCAAGUUGUUCUCACACGAUUGGAGCACCUGGACAAGUUGGAGUAG